CAUAGAGCGGCAGCAGCUCAGUGAGCAUCACUGACAGGAGGAGGAUGGGAGUCUGAGGAGCUGAGGAUCUUUCACACAGCAGCAGAACUUCUCAUAUCUCUAAACUUCACAUAUUUAUCCUGACCAAACAUCUCUGAACCAGAAAACACAGAGAAACAGCUGGAAUAAACAAGGAAUUAACAGAAGAACACACAGAGAGAGAGAGAGAGGGAGCUGUGAAGAGAGGAGAGAGAGAGAGCUGGGCUCGUCUGCAGAGUGAAGGUUGGGCUGUGGAGUUUCAGCAGGGCUGAGAGUUUUCUUCACCCCUUCAGUAGAGGAUGAAGCCAGUGGGGUUGAUGGUCCUGCUGGUGGUGCUGAUGGCAGGAUGCUCCGCUGCUUUGCGUUUCAGCCGAGACUCCACCCAGGUCAACCUCAACGAUGCGUCCAAUCGGGAGGUAGAGGCUACGGGAUUCAACGCCUCCAGCAAUGAGCGUCCUGUGCUGAGGAACUCUCCCCGAUUACCUCCCCCACCCAUGUGCACCAAGCCCACCGAGAUCAAGGAGACGUUCAAGUACGUCAACACCGUCAUAUCCUGCCUGAUUUUUGUGGUGGGAAUCAUCGGGAACUCCACUUUGUUGAGAAUCAUCUACAAGAACAAGUGCAUGAGGAACGGCCCUAACGUGCUGAUCGGAAGUCUGGCUUUGGGUGAUCUGUUCUACAUCCUCUUCGCCCUCCCCAUCAAUGUCUUUAAGUUACUGGCAGAAGACUGGCCAUUCGGAGUGCACAUCUGCAAGCUGAUGCCGUUUGUGCAGAAGGCAUCAGUGGGAAUCACAGUUCUCAGCCUGUGUGCCCUCAGCAUCGACAGAUAUCACGCUGUGACCUCCUGGAGCCGAGUGAAGGGGAUGGGGAUUCCGUUAUGGAAGGUUCUGGAAGUGACGCUGAUCUGGCUGGUGUCGGUAGUGCUAGCCGUGCCUGAGGCUUUAGCCUACGACAUGAUGGAGAUCACCUACAGAGGGAAGAAGCUGCAGGUGUGUCUCCUACAUCCUCAGCAGAGCACACAGUUCCUGCAGAUCUAUCAGGAUGUGAAGGACUGGUGGCUGUUUGGGUUUUAUUUCUGUUUGCCCCUGGCGUGUACCGUGGUCUUCUACACCCUCAUGUCCUGUGAAAUGCUGAACCGGAAGAAAGGAAUGCGCAUUGCCCUCAAUGAUCAUAUGAAGCAGCGCAGAGAAGUAGCUAAAACAGUCUUCUGCCUGGUGGUGAUCUUCGCGCUCUGCUGGCUGCCUCUUCACCUCAGCCGCAUUCUGAAAAGGACAAUCUACGAUCCAAACGACCCGGACCGCUGCGAGCUCCUCAGUUUCCUGCUUGUGAUGAAUUACAUCGGCAUCAACAUGGCCUCCCUCAACUCCUGCAUCAACCCUGUCGCACUGUACUUCGUCAGCCAGAAGUUCAAAAACUGUUUCAAGUCGUGUCUGUGCUGCUGGUGCCAGAGGAACAUCACUCCGAUUGAUGAGCGGGGUUCGGGGAUACGCUGGAAGGGCUCAGACCACGGAAACGGGCUGGACCGGUCCAGUUCACGCUCCAGUCAGAAAUACAGCUCCUCCUAAAAACACUUCAGUAUCAUAAGCUCCAGGGGUAAGCUGCCCAAUCAGCUUCACUGACUGAUCAAACAACUGAUAUAUCAAAACCUGACCCUCACACCAGAGUGAGGUGUACAUACAGUAUAUCACUCUAGAGUUCCAUCUGAUUCUCCUCCGUCAGGAGGAAUCAACUACUGGGAUGCCAGAACUGAGAGAAUCAUCACUGCCAUGCAAAAAGUCCAUCGUCUUCUUCUGAGGAGAUCACGCAAACUGGCUGAGCGCUGUAAAGUUAGCCAAGUCUUUUCAGGACCACCCAGACGACACAGGCUGGAUACUGGACGUCUGGAAACGUGGAAUGGCCACUGGAUGGCUCGGCUCUAGUCUCUAUUAGUCGUCUGUUACCAGGAUGAGGAUGAGACUGAAAUGCUAAGACUGUGUCGGAGUGGAGAUAAUAAAUCACAGUGAGCUGCUGACCUUAAACAAACCAAUGGACAGACCAUGAAGGACAGACCAGAAAACACAGAAAAGACAUUUCUGAAAGAUCUAAAAGUUCUGAAAAUAGAGUCUCAGCAAGUUGAGAGACUCUUAUACUCUGAAUAUUCUCAGAAUUGUACAUAGAAUUACUGAAUUAGCACUGCAGUUAAAGGUUUGCUGAUUUAAAGCAACACUACCGGUAAAAGGAAAGUACUCUACUCAUAGUGCAAAUGUGUGAAGGCAGUGCUAUGCAACAGUUUUUGUCAUUUUGAGUCUUUGAGGUUCAGUGUGAAGAUUAUUAGCAUGUUUCUCACUUAAAUAUCAUUCUGUUUGACUCUCAAAAAGCUGCCUCUUAUGGUGUAAUCACACUAAGCUCGGUUUGGUUGAGUCAUGUUGGAGCACCAGCCUGCCACCGGCCUGCACUCACACUGCGUUUAAACAAUCCGUGCCUGAGCAUACGUCACCCGCUGCUCAGUUGGCUCACAAGUGUUGUGCUGAAUUCAGCAACCCUGCCAUGAAAACACCUUCUUAGCUUAUUGGCUUAGAAAUAUGUGCCAAAAGUCAUGGUUAUCUCAGCACACGCUCCCAAGAGGGGGUGAUUUUCCUGAUGGCGGCCAUGAUCGUUUACACAAAUGUCGCAUCGCCGACAUCAUCUUGUUUUGUGCUCAUGCAUGGAUCAUGCUCACAUGCGUACUGUGCACAAGUCCAAGUAAACCGUUUUCUAUCCCACCUCUUCAAGUGUACCACGCCCAGGCAUAUUCUAUAGAAUAUAGAAGACAGUUCUAUAGAACUGUAGGGAAUACAAUUACAGAAUGACAUGCUAUGUACAGUAAUGUAUGGGGACCAACACGAUUGAUACAGAAUGACAUUUUGAGAUUUAGGGUUCAUGCAAAUAAUUGCUUCCUAGUUUAUGAUCAAGACUGAUCAAGAACAAAAACACUGACCUAACACUUCAUCUUUUCCUAUGUACAGUAUUUCUUUAAAAGCACAGGAACUGUAUGAAAAAACUUUAAUUUCUGUAAAUAUAUAUAUAUAUGUGUGUGUGUUACAAAUUAGCGACAUCAUUCUAUUAAAAAAAAAAAGUAAAACAAAAAAAAUUGGGGAUUCCAGUGCUGAAGUCCUGAAUGUUAGUUUUUUUGCAGAGUUUCGCUCAUUUUUUGGUCUGAUAAAGGGAAAUUGAACCUUGAAAACAUUUUCAUUUUUUCACUUAUACUGAUUAUACUGGACUAUUCCAUUACUGAACCUGAAGGAACUGAUGUCCAUCUAUGUGAUUCACACCAGACUGUUCCUUAGGGACCUCCAGACAGUCCAGGUUGCAACACAUGAACAUAAAACAAAAUGUGGAGCAAUCUUGGACGGUAUAACAGAGGUUCAAAAGGCUUUUCAGCUUAAUAAGUUUAAUAUGCUGUGCCCUGUUCACUAUUCCUGAUAUCAGGUAUACUGGUUAAUGGUUCCAAAAGUUAUGGGACAGCAUUAUGUACUCUGGAAUGCCCACACCUGUUUAAGUUGUGUUAACCUGUUUAAGAGUGAGGCUGAAUACUAGCCAACGUGCUCAUGGCAAGGCAACUUGAAUUAUUUACUCAAGUUCAAGUGAGGCCUGAUAGUGGGUGCCAGAUGAAUGGGUCAUUCCAUUUUUUUUUUUUUUAUCUCUAUGGGAUAUUAGUUCCCGUCCCAUGACUUUUGGCAUGGCAGUGUAUUACCCUGAACUGUGGGGUUGAAGUGCACUACAUAGUGAACAGGGCACAGUUUCAGACACAGCUAAAAUAAACAAGGAAAUGAUUUUGGUUUUAAGGUGAAAUUUACCCAUAAUUAAAUGUCAGACAAUCUAAAGAGUAAAAAUAUUUUUGUAUAUUUCACAUGUUAGUCGAGAUUAACAUUACUUAAUUUUAUUUUAUUUCGUUGGAAAGCUGUGUUUAUGUAUGGUAUGUUCAGCUAUAUAGACAGUUUAUUUACGUAUAAGUUUGCAACUGUGUAUUUUUCUUCUUCUUUAAAGUGUGUAUAUUAUUUUUACUAUUAACAAUUCUUUUAUACUGUACCUACUUAAUGUUGAAUAAGCUGCAAUAAAUGCUAUUUUAUCACCUGG